AUGGCAGCUGAAACUUCUGAUGAGGUUGAUAAUGAACAUGAUGGCACAAUUGUUGUUAGUGUGGAUCUCACAGAGGCUUUUACUACUGAUAAAGCUUUUGCAUCCCACACUGAUUUUAUUGAUUGGGCUCGCCAUGUAGGUACAGAGAAUGAUUAUGUUGUUAUUGUGAUUAGGUCUGACUACGGAUCUGCAAAAAGGACGCUUGUGAUAACAUUGGGAUGUGAACGUGGUGGGAAGUAUAUACCAGCGGCUCAAGUGUUAAAGCGCAAUCAAACUGGAACAAAAAAGUGUGAUUGCCCUUUCAGGCUAAGAGCAAGAACUAGCAUGGUUGAUGGGCGAUGGAAGGUGAUAGUUCAUUAUGGGAUUCACAACCAUGAUACAACUGAAACACUACAAGGUCACUCUUUUGUUGGUCGUCUAAAUCCUGAUGAAAAGGCCAUGGUGGGAAGUAUGAUUGAGAAAAGGGUUAAGCCAAGCGGCAUGUUGAUUGCACUAAGGGAGAAAAACCCCAACAACCUGACUAGAAUAAAACAAAUCUACAAUGAGAAGCAAGCAUACAACAGGAUUCAGAGGUUCUCGAAGAUUCAACACUUGAUGAAGUUGUUGGAAGGUGACAAAUAUGCACACUGGUCUAGGGUUGAGGGUGGUUCUAAUGUGAUUAAAUCUCUCUUCUUUGCUCACCCUGAUUCUAUUCAUCUUUUUAAUGAAUUUCCUACUGUGGUGCUUAUGGAUAGUACAUACAAGACCAACAGAGUUGAAGGUGCACAUUCAAAGUUGAAGAAGUUUCUUAUCAUGCAGCAUGACAAGAUUAAAGAAUCCUACCAGCUCAUCAUUUUUGUCACCGAGCAUACUCACAAGGAUGUGUUUUAUAAGGAUUUGCGAGGGUUUGUUUCUAGAGCAGCACUGCACAUGAUUGCUAGAGAGAGGAAACAAAUCGACCCUUCCAUUGAUCCUGAGUUGGGCGUCAGUUUUGAGUCUGAACUUGAAACUUUAAAAGUUAAAUUUGACAGAGCUUCUGCGGCAGUGAGGAAGUCCAUGAUUGAUUGCAUUAGAAUGAUUUCUUUCCCAGAAAGGACUUCCAUGUGUCCUCCUCCAAAGAAGGUCCCAACUAAGGGUAGGCAAAAAAGCUCUUCAAAAAAGGUCACAGCAAAGGGUAUCAAAGUACCUAGUGAACGCUCUACAAAACGUUAUGCAUCUCGUUGGGAGCAUAUUGAUGUGCAAUAUUCGGGAUCUUGGGAAGGUAGCAACUUCACACCAAAUACUGUCAUUCCUCCCAACCGAGUGAAGAAUCAAAGCCUCCGCCCGAGCACGUUGAGACAAAUCCUCGAAGAGUUUCAUCCAUUCAUUGAUUCCUUGGUUCAUGUAAAGGGAGACGGACACUGCAGAUUUAGAUGUGUUGAUGCAAUGUUGGUGUAA